UUUUGUUUUUUAUUUUCAUUAGAAAUGUUUGGUUCUUGUCUAAAGGCUUUUCUUAUGUAUACUUUUUAAUGUGAGGUACUGUAUACAUGAUGUAAAAUUGGUAUUUGUAUAUCCAGUUCACUGCUGUUGUAGGAAAAUGAUAGUCUUUUGUAUAUUGAUGUAUUACAAAAGUUUUCAGUAGUCCUUUUUUAGUUCCUCAUUUUUUGUGGAUUUUCUGUAUGGAAUUUUUUUCUUCCACAAUCUCAGUAUCUCUGCAUUUCCCCUUUUAUUGCCAUAUCCUUGCCCUCACUUAUUGUUAUUAUCAUAGGACUUUUUGGUAUCUAACUUAUUGAUUUGUUAUGUUAUAUUGAUUUCAAAGUUUUUCUUCUGCACUUCUAGAGUUUGACUCAAGGCUUGAGAACACAGAUAGUAAAAAGAUAAAGCUAGAGCCUAGUCAUUGGCCUUCAGAGAGGCUCUUAGAAAGAUUCAUAUUCCCUGUGAUGCAGGUAAAGGAUUGGUGGAAAAGCUGAGGACAAUAAAAACAGAGCUGGCCACUUUGAACAUCAGAUUGGAAACUUUCACCAUAUAUGGCUUCAGUGAGCUUGGGCCUCAGAGUGCCCUUCUCAGUCGUGUGUGUGUGUGUGUGUGUGAAUUUGGCUGGUAGUGUGAUAGGGGAGGAUGGCCAAGGUCAGUGUGGAAACCAGUAGUUAGAGAAAGUGCAGUUGCUGAUGGUGGAGCCUGAGACACAUGUAGUCAGAGGUUAGACUAGUGUGAGAGGAGCCUGUGGGCGGAGACAGACAGACCUGGGAGUUGGGAAGGAACCAGUGCUCAGUGGGAGUACAGGUCCUGAACAUGGCUGCUUGCUCAUGUGACGGUUGGUUGUGAUCUUCCCUGUUGACUUGAUUUGCUCAGCAAUCAACUGAGAGGCCUGUCUCUGCAGGUCUACCAGGAAAUUUCAGGCAAGUUUCACUGAGGCAAGAAGAGCGUAUCCUAGAGUGGGUGGCCCUUUGAGUGGUGGCCUCAGUACAGAGAAGGCCACAGAAGAAGCAGUGUUGCUUCCCUGCCUGCCUUCACUUCCUGCAAGUGAGUGCGUCUGUCCUGUUGAUGCUGCCGCUGCCACCAUCCUUCACUGACGUUGAAGCCAGCUUUGGUCUUCCAUUGUGGACUGAAGACCACUGAAGAAGCGGUCCAGGUGUCUUUCAGGCCUUUGGCACCAGAUUGAAGCUCCUGAAGCUUCCAGCCUUUGUGGACGGAGCCUCUCCACCAUGGAGACGUCCAUUGUUGGACUAUCCAGGCCGGAUCAGGGUUUGGUGAGCUUUGAGGAUCUGGCUGUGCACUUCACCCAGGAAGAGUGGGAUUUGCUGGAUCCUUCUCAGAAGAGUCUCUAUGGAGAUGUGAUGCUGGAAACCUUCAGGAACUUGACUGCCAUUGGAUAUGAAUGGGAAGACCAGACAAUUGAAGACAGUGAUGAAGAUCCUGAAAUAAAUCUAAGGCACAUCAUAUCUCACCCUGAGUACACACAGCAUGAACACGAGGAGCAUGAGCAGAAGCCACAGGACUCUAAUUUUGUCCCAAGUGUUGAAGGAUGCGUGGAAACUCAGACUUCAAGUGGACCUUCUGUGUGUGAGGUAUGUUUAAAGACCUUUGGACUGUAUCACCUAACUUACAAUGGACAUCACAACUAUGACUACAAGGAUGUUGGAGGAAGCCAGACUGAGGAAAAUGAUUAUGAAGGUGACCAGUGUGAUAAAACUUCCCUUCAAAAACAAGAGAAAAUUCAUGCUGGCAAAAAGCUCUAUGAGUGUCAAGAAUGUGGCAAAGCUUUUAGGUAUCCCAGUGCCCUUCAGCUACAUGAAAGAAUUCACACUGGAGAGAAGCCCUACGAGUGUAAAGACUGCGGGAAAGCCUUCCGAGGGCUCAGCGCCCUCCACUUACAUGAGCGAAUUCACACUGGAGAGAAGCCUUAUGAGUGUAAACAGUGUGGCAGGGCCUUCACCUAUCUCAGCGCCCUUCAGCUACAUGAAAGAAUUCAUACGGAGGAAAGGCCCUGUGAAUGUAAGCAGUGUGGGAAAACCUUCAGAUACAGCAGGGCCCUCAAAUUACAUGAAAGAAUUCAUACUGGAGAGAAGCCCUACGAAUGUAAACAAUGUGGUAAAUUCUUUAGAAGUCACAGGACCCUUAAGUUACAUAAAAGAAUUCAUACUGGAGAAAAACCCUAUGAGUGUAAGGAAUGUGGGAAAGCCUUCCGGUGGCUUACUUCUCGGAAGCUACAUGAAAAGAUUCAUACUGGAGAAAAACCCUAUAAAUGCCAAGAGUGUGGGAAAGCCUUCAGGUGUCAGGCUUCCUAUCACAGACAUAAAAUAACUCAUGGCGGAGAGACCUUGUAUGAAUGUAAAGAGUGUGGGAAGUCCUUCAUUUAUCCCUCUUUACUUCAAGUGCAUGAAAGAACUCACACUGGUGAAAAGCCCUUUGAGUGUAAGCUGUGUGGGAAAGCCUUCAGAUGUCAGUCCUCGCUCCGAUUGCACGAAAGAACACACACCGGGGAAAAGCCCUAUGAAUGUAAACACUGUGGCAAAGCCUUUUCAAGUUACAAUUAUCUUCGAUUUCAUGAAAGAAGCCACACUGGAGAGAAACCCUAUGAAUGUAAAGAGUGUGGUAAAACCUUCACACAUCGCUCUUACCUUCGGUCACAUGAAAGAAGACACACUGGGGAGAAACCGUAUCAGUGUGUUCAGUGCGGCAGGUCCUUCAGCCGGCACAGUUCCUUUAAGAGACACCAGUCCGUGCAUGGAGCCGAAAGCCCGUAUGAAUGCCAGCAGUAUCUAAUUCCUUUAUCCCCAUUUUCUUCAAAGGAAUGAAAGAACAGAUAAUGUCAACAAGCCCUUUGAAUGUAAAUGAUGUUGCAAAAUAUCCCCAUUCACAUGCAACACAUGCAAGGACUCGAGAUGAGGAUGGACCUUUUAUAUGUAAACUGUGCAGCGUACCCUUCAGAGACACAGUGUCCUUCAAAGCCUUGAAGGAGUUCUUGCUGGGCAAAGUUAGUUUGUUACCGCUGUGGUAAAUGUCACUUUUCACACUUCCUUUAAGAGAAGUAAGUUAAUUCAUGCUGGGCAAAUGCCCUAGGAAUGUACUAGAUAGAGAUGCUCUUUCAUUUAUCCCCAUUUGCCUUAAAAUCAUGAAAAACAAUCACAUGAAUAUAAACAAUAUGGGAAAGCCUUCAGGUGUCGAAGGUUCUUUCACUAACAUGAAUGAAAUCUCGUGCUGGAGGGAAAAUGUGAAUGUAAGGUGUGUUAAAGCCCUUAGAUAUCAUUGCUCCCUUAGAUUCCAUGAAUGAACUCCUAUUGGAAACAAUUUUCCAAAUGUAAGCAAAGCUCUGAAGCCUUCAAGGUCAUAGUUCUUUGAGACACACGGUGGUGGCUGCUGUGCUGCUCCGUAACUGUAAAGAGUGCAGGAACUUAGUGGUUGCUGGGAGAUGGACACUUCCUUUCCAGUGGCUGCUCAUGACUGGCCUGUGCUCUUGUAAAUACCCCAAUUAAACUAAUUCCUCAAGCUACACAA